GGUUUUAAGAAGCGGCUUAGCAGAAAAUCGCAGAGGUCUGAAGAUUAUUUUCAUGGAAGAAACUUCCUUUGGUUAAUAGACGAAAAUGGCUUCUCUCUGUCAACCUUGCUCUGCAUCAUCUGCCACUCCUCUGCUUCUGGCAAGAAAGGCGUUUUCGUGGGUUUCAUCGUCGUUUAUCUUCACGCCCCGCUUAACCCCUCGCCGCUAUAGUAGCUUCAGAGCAUCUGCGUCUGCGUCUGCGUCUGCGUCUGCGUCUGCGAUUUUGGAUACGAAAGAAGUGAGAAGCACUGAUUUGGUGGCUUUAGAGUAUGCAGAACUAAACCUCAAGGAGAAAAAUUCUGCGGAGCUGGGUCAUGUAAGAAUCAGACAGCAUGUUAACCCUCUCAGUUCUUCUUUCUCUAUUCCAGCUCCAGUUCCGGAAUGGAAUGAAGUGUUUAAGGAUCCUUCACUGCCUCUUAUGGUGGAUAUUGGAAGUGGUAGUGGUAGAUUUCUCUUGUGGCUGGCGAAAAAGAAUGCCGCCUCAGGCAACUACUUGGGACUGGAAAUACGCCAGAAACUGGUCAAGCGGGCCAACUUCUGGGUGAAGGAGCUGGGACUACCAAACAUACAUUUCAUAUUUGCAAAUGCCACAGUUUCUUUCGAACAACUUAUAUCGAGCUAUCCUGGACCACUGGAGCUCGUCUCAAUCUUGUGUCCGGAUCCUCAUUUCAAGAAAAGGCAUCAUAAGAGACGGGUUCUUCAAAAGCCUCUGUUAGAUUCCGUCCUAAAAAACCUAACAACCGGAGGGAAGAUCUUUGUGCAAUCCGAUGUGCUCGAGGUGGCUGUUGACAUGAGGGAUCAUUUAGAUGCGGAAUUUAACGUUCUUCAACACGUUGAAUCAGUUGGCACGGGCAUUUUGUGCGACAACGAGGGGUGGAUGGUGAAAAACCCGAUGGGAAUACGAACUGAACGGGAAAUCCAUGCAGAAUUCGAAGGUGCCAGGAUCUACAGAAGACUAUACCAGAAAAUGCAGCUUACAUGAUGGACAUAACUAAACUUGUUCUGAUUCUUGAAGAAAGGUAAGCAAGCAUUUGUAGAGCUUCCUACUUGCUUCUGAAUCUGAACUUCUGAAACUGUUUUUGGAUUCAUUGAUGACUAAACUAUAAAGUGGAGCAUCUUUUGAAGUGGUUUAGUUUCUGUGCACCGAGAUCAUGGUCAAGUCUCGGUUUAAUAGAAAACCGGCUGGGAUGCCAAUUCCAUAUAGCCAACCGAACCGGAUUCCAAUUUGUACAACCCGGUUUAAUAGUCCGGGCGCUUGAUUCAAUAUGAUUUGAUGAUGA